ACCUGACAGUAACACGCGCGAGGAACGUUUCACAGCUCGCUCUGCCCCGCCCACCCUGACACACACACACACACCGCAGCAGGUUCCUCCAGCACACAGACGUCUCUGCGCUGUUCUGCAGGAAACGGAACCCACCGGAACCGGACUGAGACCGAGCCGCAGCAAGGUUCCGGUUCUGCUGACGGGAUCCAGAGCGGGUGGAUGUUCAGAGGUUGAUGAGGAUGAUGAUGAUGAUGAUGACAUCCUCCCCCUCAGAGAAGAUGAAGAAGAAACCUCCAAAGGACAGUCUGACUCUGCUGCCAUGUUUCUACUUCGUAGAGCUGCCCAUUGUGGCUUCUUCUAUGGUGUCGCUGUACUUCCUGGAGCUGACCGAUGUGGUGAAGCCGGCUCAAGUGGGUUUCCGGUGCCACGACAGAGAUUUGAGUAUGCCGUACGUGGAUGGAGGAGAUGAGCUGAUCCCACUGUUGAUGCUUCUAAGCCUCGCCUUCGCUGGACCCGCUGCUUCGAUUAUGCUGGUGGAAGGAGCAAUCUACUGCCUGCAGUCCCGUCUGAAACUCCGCCGAGCUGAGGGAAGCAUCAAUGCCGGCGGCUGCAGUUUCAACUCCUUCCUGAGGAGGACGGUCCGUUUCGUAGGUGUGCACGUGUUUGGCCUGUGUGCGACCGCGCUGCUCACUGACAUCAUCCAGCUGUCCACGGGGUACCACGCACCAUUCUUCCUCACUGUCUGCAAACCUAACUAUACUCUGGCGGGUGUGUCGUGUGACAAGAAUGCCUACAUCACCACAGACAUCUGCUCUGGGCAGGAUGAGCACGCCAUCAUGGCUGCGAGAAAGACGUUUCCUUCCCAGCAUGCAACUCUGUCAGCGUUUGCUGCUGUUUAUGUUUCUAUGUACUUUAAUUCGACCAUCUCAGACAGCACCAAGCUGCUCAAACCCGUGCUGGUGUUUGCAUUUGCCAUUGCUGCGGCGCUGACUGGCCUGACUCAGAUCACACAGCAUCGUAGCCACCCCAUCGACGUCUAUGUGGGCUUCCUCAUCGGAGCCUUCAUUGCCGCCUACCUGGCCCUUCACGCUGUCGCCAACUUCAAAUCAUCUGAUGACAUCACUCCACCCCCACCUCCUCCACCCCUAAAGGCGGACCCUCUCCGAGCACUGACUGAGCGGGGACACGAGUCGGUCUAUAACAAAGGCCCUGCGUCUGCCUCAGAGAGUAACGAUGAGAUAGCGGCAGCUCCGGCUCCCAUGGACCGGCUGGAUGGCCUGGGGCCCCUGCAGAGGGAGAAGGGCUCCAUGGGAAGCCUGAAGAGGGCCAGUGUGGAUGUAGAGCUGCUGGCUCCCCGAAGCCCCAUGGGAAAGGAGACCAUGGUGACCUUCAGCAACACGCUGCCAAGAGCUAGCAUGAAUGUAAAUGGUGUACUGGGGGCCAACGAUGCCUCUGAGGAGCCGGUGCAGCCGGUCCAGCCAGUGCAGCCAGUGCAGCGCCGUCUGAAGGCUGUUCAGGUGCCCAUGGACCCUAUGCGGUCACAGCAGCUGGUGUCGGAGUGGAAGCAGAAGUCGAUGGAGAUGCGAGGUAUGGGUGUCCGGGACGAGGCAGAGCACGAAACCAGUGAGGACGGCUCUGAGGUAGGCUCUGUGGGGACUGACGAUGGUGGUUCUCAAGCCCCGAUCUACCAGCCUGCAGUGCAUGCCGGGAGGGCAAACGCAAGUCGCAACCCCACUCCACCUCCAGGGGGGGCCAAAGCUGUGGCAACACCCAGACCCCCACAGAUCCCAGAAGCAGGACCUCCACCGGUUUCUCCAAAAAGCGCCCUAACCCGAGCCAAGUGGCUCGCCAUUCGGGAGAAGACAACCGGGGAGGGGUCCGGGCGUGGUGCUGCCAACCAGCCACGACUCAUGCAAGUCAUUGCCAUGUCCAAGCAGCAGGGCCUCCUGCCGUCCUCGUCCUCUGGGGAGAAGUCCUCCGAAACCACAUCCACCUGCUCUGCCAUCUCCUCCGCUGCCGACUCGCCACACUACCGCCACCCCUUUGAGCAACCACGGGAGGGGCCAGGUAUCAUCACAGUGGAUGCCCAUGCCCACUAUCCUGUUGUCCAAGUCCCGCUUCCUCCCCAGGCCCAGCCCCCAUCAGGUAAUGGUAACCCAUGGGAGUGGGUGGGGGCAUCCAAUGGGGGAGACCCACGAGAAACCUACAACCUCUCUAACCUGAAUCGAGGAGAUUCGGCCAGCCGCAGCAGCAGCAGCUUCCACCCACGCCGCUCUGCCUCACCAUGCGCCACUGUCGACCCUACCUUAUCCUCAAGCCCACCUCACCAGCAGGUAGAGAUGUCAUCAGAUGCUCAGCGCAGGGAGAUGGCCAUGAGGCGCAAGACAGCACUGGUUCUGUUGGAUCGAGAGAUCCGUAACCAGACUGAGCAGGAGAACUAUUAUAAGAGUCUGCAGGGACGGAGGUUCAAAGAUUAGUCUGUUACCUUUCAAAAUAAAAGCCUUACUCUGAAACUGGUCACUAACAGCACAAAACCUGGUUGGCAACAAGGAGCGUGAUGCUAUGCAAGCAACAAGCUGUGAGAAGAGGUUUCCACCCAGGAGAUGAUGAGCUCAAGGUUUAGGAGCUCAACACUUGGACAGUUUCUCUCCACAAAAAGACAUCUUACCUCUCAGAGAGUCUAGGAGGACAUCAAUGCUAUUGCAACUAUUUAUUUUUCCAAGUGAACCCACCACAGAGGACCAUAUUAUUAUUAUUAUUAUUAUUAUUAUUAUUAUUAUUAUUAUUAUUCUUGAGAUAAGUUGCUAUCCAAAGAAAUCAUCCCAAGAAGGAUGGAUUCAGUGGUUAUAAACAGAGACAGAGGUGUUGUUCACAUUUAUCAGAUGAUCUCACUGUUUUUGGUCAGUGAUGGUGCUGAGGUACCUCUGCUCUUCCACCCAUUCAGUUUCCUGUUCAGUGACUUUAACUUUAGAAAGGAUUCAGGCUGUGGCUAAAGGACAGUAUUAAUCCUGAAGGAAUCCAAUCACAAACUUCUUUAGACUGACACAGACUGUCCCAAUUGUUCUGUGAUCCAGAAAGGAACACCUCCAUCUGUGCCGAAGAGAUGCUGUCCACUGUGUUGAGCCUCUAAGAAGAAAGGAACUCAUUCAAUAAACAGCUCAAAGUCAAAGCACAGAGACAAACUCAAACAGUAAAUUUUUGAAACACCCGAACAAACCCUAGCCCUGCAGCAAACAAGAUCCCUGCAACAAACAAGAACCCUAUGACAAACAAGAACCCUCCAACAAACUUGCGACAAACAAAGAACCCUGUGACUAACAAGAACCCUUUGAUAAACCUGAACCCGCUGACAAACCCUAACCCUCCAUCAAACAAGAACCCUGCAACAAACCCUAACCCUGCGACAAACAAGAACCCUCCGACAAACAAAAAUCUUCCAAUAAACAAGAACUCUCCAACAAACCCUAACCUUCCAACAAACCGUAGCCCUGCGACAAACCAUAACCCUGCGACAAAUAAGAACCCAGCAGCAGAACCCAACCCCUCCAGUUAUGGAUUCUGUGAUGGCGGCGAUGUUGGCAGUCGAACUCAGAUUGUAUAUUUCUUGCCUCUCUGGUGUGAUGGUUUGGUUGCUAUAGUGAUUCUCAGCAUGUUUGUUUGUUUGUUUGUGUGUGCUGCUGUCUGAUUGGUGGAGGUUGUGAGCGUUUUGUUUUUGUGUGUGAAUGAUAGUACUUAUUACUAAUGGACCGACAUGAGAUUAAAUCUCGUCACAGACGUUUAGGUUCAAAAAGAAACUAGGUGAUUUUAUUUCAGAGCUUUAUAAGUGCGAAAGACGGCCGAAGGUUUACGUGCGUGAAUAUUAAUCAAAUGUUUCUUCAAAGAAUCGGAAUGGAAAAUGGUGUUAAAGCCAUGGCUUCACAGUAAAGUUAUUUAUUUCUGUCUACAGAAAGUUUAUGUUUCAGUUAAACAAGAUUACCUAUUUGAUUGAUUAUGCAUGUCCUGAUUGUCCACAGAGAUCAACAUCUCUAUGAAACAUCUGAAACACCAAUGAUAAUUAACGUAGCGUUGCUAAAACGUUUUUUAGCCCAACGAUAGUGAUUCAGAGCAACAUUAUGGACAACUUGUGGUGUUUUGACCAGCUAAACUGACAUAUAUAACCGUAAAGUUAAUACCAGAUCGAAGUUUCUAUUUUCUUGGAUAAACCUGCAUAUUCUGCCAUCCAAACAUUCAUCUUGUUAGCUUCUUAUCCAGCUUAGGGUCACCUUGUGAUUCAGGUUGGUUUAACUCUGUGAGGUCAUCAUCUGUUAUGACCCCAACCCCCUAACCAUUUGUUUUAAGCCUCGUCCACAGAUGAAAUGAUUCAAUCUGUAGCAGAUGGUUAAUCUCUAAAAAGACUUUUCAGUUUAUAUGAGGUAGAAAGACUUUUGUUGUUCCCUGAUUGCUGAGAUUUAGGAGAACAUUUUUUAAAAUAUUACAUAUUCUGACAGGACAGGAUUAGGGUCAUCGUGAUCAUUUUUUUGCUGUUAAAAUCCACUGUCUGUAGCAGACAUGGACGAAUCAAGAAAUACCUUAAAGAGAACAUGACGCGUUCCACAUAUAUAGCCUAAUUCCCAUCAUGGAGACCUCCUCUCAAAAACUGACAUAGAUGUGACUCUGUCUGUAAAGUUGGAUUUAAGAAAUAAGUGAUGAAAUAUAACGUUUCAAAAAUAUGUUUAGCACCAUCUUCUGUCAGUGCGGAACAUGACAUCAUGUGGUUGGUUGGUUUCAGGUAAUAGACAUUAGUUUAGGUUAGGACAGAACUGAUAACUCAGAGGAAAAUAAGGAAACUAAAACUAAAAACUAAUUGUUGUGUUACAAUGAGUUUAUGUUAAACUGAUUGUUGAAACUUGUUUGGCUAGCUGCACUCAAAUGGGAAAAUCCAUUAGCUAUAAUAUUCGGGUUCGUAAAGCACUUUAGAAAUGAGACCUGUUUGGAGGAGAGCCUGUUUGAGCCACCAGAGUGACAAGCUGGAGUCUCACAAUCCAGCUUUUCCUCAUCGGGUUGGGUGUACCAAGCCAUGCAGUCAGCUGGCUACAUUGUAGAUACUGAAGACAUCAAAUAUAUGAAGCAAGCUAUAUGGUAUUAUGUAGCAAAAACAAAAUUGAUAAAUAACUUUAAAUGUUUUAUAUUUUAGAUUCUCCAAAGAAGCCGCCCUUUACUUUGUUGACAGUGCUGCAAACCCUUGGCCUUCUCUCAAUGAGCUUCAUGAUGUGACACCUGAAAUGGUUUUUACUUCACAGGUGUGCCUUGUCAGGGUUCAUUUGUGUCUCACCCUUCUUAAUGGGUUUGGGACCAUCAGUUGUGUUGUGUAGAAGUCAGGUUGGUAUACAGCUGACAGCCCUCUUUGACAACUGUUAGAAUUCAUAUUAUGGCAAGAACCAAUCAGCUAAGAGAAACAGUCCAUCAUUACUUUAAGAACUGAAGGUUAGUCAGUCCGGAAAAUUGCUAAAACUUUGAGUGUCCCCAAGAGCAGUUGUAAAAAACACCAAGCACUAUGAUGAAACUGGCUCACAUGAGGACCGCCCCAGGAAAGGAAGACAAAGGAGUCAUCUCUGCUGCUGAGGAUAAAUUCACCCGAGUCACCAGGCUCAGAAAUCGCAAGUUAACAGCACCUCAGAUUAGAGCCCUGAUAAAUCCCGCACAGACACCACAGUCACCUGACCUAAACCCAAUGGAGAUGGUUUGGGAUGAGAUGGACCGCAGAGUAAAGGCAAAAGAACCAACAAGUGCUCAGCAUCUCUGGGAACUCCUUCAAGACUGUUGGAAAACCAUUUCAGGUGACUACCUCAUGAAGAUCAUCGAGAGAAUGGCAAGAGUGUGCAAAGCAGUAAUCAAAGCAAAGGCGGGCUAUUAUGAAGAAUCUAAAAUAUAAAACAUUUUUUGAGUUAUUUCACGCUUUUUUGUUUACUACAUAAUUCCAUGUGUUUAUUCAUAGUUUUGAUGCCUCAGUGGUGUAAAUUAUGCUUUAUAUGUGUAAUGUUUCAUGUCCUCUUUAAAGUUGCAUUCUGCUUUUAUGACCACCACUGUCUGUUGACACUGUAGAUUCUCACAGUGUCAACAGUAAUAAAAAUAAAGAAAACGCAUUAAAUAAGAAGGUGUGUCCAAAUGUUUAACUGGUAGUGUAUUUGGGCUUCGCUUUUCCUCACUUCUAAUAUGAAAUAAUCCAGUCAGUGAGAUGAUGUGAGGAAGAAACAAAGGGUCACCAAAAAGUGUGGCAUCUCUUCCUCAGAGGCUUCACUUUCUUGGGUUUUUUUCACAUCCACCUGUUUUCGAUGCAGACGUGCUGAUGGUAUUCCCAGUUGUGCUUCAGUAAAAAAAAAUUGUUACAUUUGUGCUUUGUUGUGCAUGUAGUGGGCUGUUAUGUUGUAAACUGUCUGGAUGUUUUUGGGAACAGAAAUUAUUUUGUUGCAUAAAUCAACGCUGAUCGCAUCAGCUGAUUCUGCUGCUUGGUACACUUGGUCAGAGGACAAAAAAUCAGUUCGUGUAGGUCAAGUAAACACCUGUCACCUGGCUCAAACAGGCUCUCCUCCACACAAACCCGAAUAUUAUGACUAAUGGCUGGAUUUUCCAAUUUGAGUGCAGCUAGCCAAACAGCAAAGAGCCGCUUACUGCUAAAGAGACAGAUGGUGAAAGUGGACAGUAUAUCCUCAGUUUAACAUAAACUCAUUGUUGCAGCCAGGGGCAACACAAAUGACAACCACAUGACAUCCCUGACAGAAGAUGGCUCUAAACAACUUUUAACUUUAAGCAUUUAUUUCUUAAAUCCUGCUUCAUAGACAGAGUUAUAUCUGUCAGUUUUUGAGAGCAGGGCUCAGUGGUGUAAAUUAUGCUUUAUAUGUGUAACGUUUCAUAUCCUCUUUAAAGUUGCAUUCUGCUUUUAUCGCCAUCAGAGGGCAAUACAUUUGGUUUAAAAAAAAAAACCUUUUGGUUUUAUUCAGGAUUCUUGUGUGAUAUCAUGUGCACAUUGCUCAAGACUUGUCUGAUAUAUUGGAUGUCAUACAACCACGUCACCACAGAGGGGUGUGGUUGUUUUUUCUCUCACAUUUUAAAGUUUAUCUCAUCAUUUAGCUGGUUCAUCACCACAGGUGUAGUGCUGUUUAACCGCUGUGCACCCACACGUUUUCUGCUUCUAUCGCUGUUUGAGCACGGAGGCUAACUGAACAUGAAGUCUUCAUCACUUCUUCCAUGCUGCUCGCAGCUCUAUCCUCCCUGAUGUGUCUUCUCUCACUCAGAAAUUUUUCUUAGUAAAGUCAGGGUUAUAAAUACAUCUGCAGCUUAGAUGGAGGCAGGAUUGAUCCAGAGGAGAGCAGAACUGCUGACCUAAACCGUGAACAUGAUUCACAGUGAGAUCCGGCCUGAGUUACAUAGUAACCAUGUUACGUCCAUAAAUGUUGGCUUUAUGGCCUGUGAUGCUGAGUAUUUAUUAAACUCAAGAUUCCACUGCAAACACUGCAGUUAUGCAUUGCUCUGCAUGACAAUUAGUUUGUAAUUAAAACGUGUCUGCGUGACUUUUCUCAGCAGUGUGCACACAGAGAAAGAGCUUUUUUCUCUCCCAGGGCCAUACACACCGCACACAUGUCUGUGAAAAUGCAGCUCUGACCGUGUUGAUGAGAUUAAUGUCUGAAUCCUAACAUAUGUAACAUCAACUUUAAUAACUGCCAGCAGAAACAACAGAGCCCAUAUUUAUGCUCAUGUCACAGUAACAGCACCUUUGUGAACUCGGGGAUGUCCCUGGUCUGUUCAUGUAAUGUCAGCUGUUUCCACCUGAGUCUCAGUCCACUCGAUGGAGCUUGCACUGUGUCACAAAUCUAAUGUCACAAACAUUGAUCCUCCUCCAGCCUCCUCUCACUGAUCUGAGCUCACGGUAAAACCUGAGCUUACACUGGAUUAUUCCGUGACGACAUCAGUCCACUCGAUGGACACAUGCUUGUGACAUCAUGCUUGUGAUUGCUGCUUUUUCUUGAUUUUGUUUUUGUGCAGACCAAUUGAGCUACGAUCACUCAGAUCCACUUAAAGCCAUGACUAAAUUUCUCCUAAUUAAGCUAACAGUGAAUAUUUUAUUUUGCAUUUGGAAAAAAGUGAUGGAGUGAUCCUCUGGCAGCACUACACCUGUGUUUAUCACUUCCCGAGUUUCAGGCAGGCCCAGACAGUGGCUUGCACGCUAAUGUCUUCUGACUGAAAAGCCUUCUAUAGGAAACACCCCUCUGCUUUGGGGGUGUAAUCAAAGAGCUGUGUGCUGCUUGAUGACAUCACGCAUGCUGAUUCGUUCCAUCAUGUAAAUGUUGGUUUGAGGACGAUAGGAGCUCAGAAGAAUAACAUCCUGAAACAAUUGGUCUGUAAAUACGAGGCGGUCCGUCCUGCUGUUCCCGUGUCCGUGUGUUGUUGCAUGUGAUGUUUCUAAAUCGGCGCGCUCUCAUCUGAAUGUAAAACCAUGAAGCAUCAUAUGAGUGUAUAAAGUGCUGCUAUAAAAAGAGCUGAAGAAGCUGUUUCAGGUGCAUGCUCUGUGGUUCCAAUUAAAGCUCGUUCAUCAUCA